AUGAAUUAAAAAAAACAACCUUAAUUAGCAUGUGAUGCAGUAUGUUUUAGAAAACGAGAAAACGACGUUAAAUAGGUUGUAUUAAUAACUAGAGGACAUGCACCAUUUUUAGGGAAAUAUGCCUUUCCUGGAGGACAUUUAGAUUAUGGAGAAGAUCCAACUUAAUGUUGCCUAAGAGAACUUAGAGAGGAAACUGGAAUCUAAGGGCUAAAUGUUGAUUUAGUUGAUGUAAGAGGGGCACCUGACAGAGAUCCAAGAGGACAUUAUGUCUCCAUUGUUUAUAAGGUUGAUAUUCAACCUGAUGCAGAACCUGUGGCAGCAGAUGAUGCUAAAACUGCAUAAUGGCUUAACGUUGAAGAAAUACUUAAACUUGGAAAGGAGGCCUUUGCAUUUGAUCAUUAUGAAAUCUUAGAAAAAGCUCAUCAAAAGUAUCCUUGAAUCAUUAUAAUUUAUAUCAAGUAUCA